CUGUGGCCACUUUAUAAAGCUGAUCUGUGAUCAGACUCAGCCCACAGCAGAGGCCUAGGCAACAGACCUCUGAGGAUUGGCUUGCACACCCCCUCAAGGGAAAGCAACAUCAGCAUGUGGACUGCUUGGUGUGUGGCAGCUCUGUCAGUGGCAGCUGUGUGUGGCAUCCGUCAAGACACAACCACAGUCCUCCGAGUUACAAAAGAUGUGCUGGGCGAUGCCAUCUCAGGCACAAUUCAGAAGAGUGACGCCUUCCGCUCCGCCCUGAGGGAGGUGCCCGUGGGUGUCGGUGGUGUCCCCUACAACGACUUCCAUGUCCGAGAGCCUCCCCCCAAAUACACCAAUGGCAGACAGCUUGGUGGCAAUUACAAAUACGGUCACAUUGAGGCGAAUGACAACACAGCUCAGCUGGGGGGCAAAUACCGCUAUGGGGAGAUCCUGGACUCUGAUGGGAGCCUCAGGGACCUGCGGCACGAAGACUACCGUCCUUCAGACUCUGCCUACCACCGCGGCCCCGGGAGGUACAGGUCUGCAGCGGACCCGUCCUCGGCGGGCAGGCUCCACCGGCGCGAACUGAGGCCUGGAGAGAUCCCAGCUGGUGUGGCCACUGGAGCACUGGGCCCCGGAGGCCUGCUGGGCACUGGGGGCAUACUUGCAAACGAAGGCAUUCUGGCAGGCCAAGGGGGCUUGCUUGGAGGAGGCGGUCUUCUUGGAGAUGGAGGACUUCUCGGAGGAGGUGGUGUGCUCGGUGUGCUGGGUGAAGGAGGUAUCCUGAGCACCGUCCAAGGCAUCACUGGGUUGCGCAUCGUGGAACUUACCCUUCCCCGGGUGUCUGUGAGACUCCUGCCCGGUGUGGGUGUCUAUCUGAGCUUGUACACUCGUGUGGCCAUCAAUGGAAAGAGCCUCAUUGGCUUCCUGGAUAUUGCAGUGGAGGUUAACAUCACCGCCAAAGUUCGGCUGACCAUGGACCGCACAGGCUACCCGCGGCUGGUCAUUGAGCGCUGUGACACCCUCCUGGGAGGCAUCAAAGUCAAGCUGCUUCGGGGGCUUCUCCCCAACCUGGUGGAUAACUUAGUGAACCGAGUGCUGGCCAACGUACUCCCUGACCUGCUCUGUCCCAUUGUGGAUGUGGUUUUGGGUCUUGUCAAUGACCAGCUGGGUCUCGUGGACUCUUUGGUGCCUCUCGGAAUACUUGGGAGUGUGCAAUACACUUUCUCCAGCCUCCCACUGGUGACCGGGGAGUUCCUUGAGUUGGACCUUAAUACUCUAGUUGGGGAGGCAGGAGGUGACCUCAUUGACUACCCCCUGGGCCGGCCAGCUAUGUUGCCCAGGCCACAGAUGCCAGAACUACCCCCCAUGGGCGACAACACCAACUCCCAGCUGGCCAUCUCGGCCAAUUUCCUGAGCUCGGUGCUGACCAUGCUGCAGAAGCAAGGUGCAUUGGACAUAGACAUCACUGAUGGCAUGUUUGAAGAUCUCCCUCCACUUACCACUUCCACAUUGGGGGCCUUGAUUCCCAAGGUGUUCCAGCAAUACCCUGAGUCCCGCCCACUCACCAUCAGGAUCCAGGUGCCCAACCCCCCAACUGUGACCCUGCAGAAGGACAAGGCACUGGUGAAGGUGUUUGCCACCUCUGAAGUUGUCGUCUCCCAGCCUAAUGAUGUGGAGACCACCAUCUGCCUCAUCGAUGUGGACACAGACCUCUUGGCUUCAUUUUCUGUGGAAGGGGAUAAGCUCAUGAUCGAUGCCAAGCUGGAUAAGACCAGCCUCAACCUCAGAACCUCAAACGUGGGCAACUUUGAUGUGUUCAUCUUGGAAAUGUUGGUUGAGAAGAUCUUUGACCUAGCGUUUAUGCCCGCAAUGAAUGCUAUACUGGGUUCUGGAGUCCCUCUGCCCAAAAUCCUCAACAUUGACUUCAGCAACGCCGACAUCGACGUGUUGGAGGACCUUCUGGUGCUGAGCACAUGAGUGACAGAGGUAGACAACGUGAGAAGAAGUCAACCAGCUUCAGGGAGGAUUGUCCUGGACACCGGCCUGGUCCCAAGUCUCUUCAGCCUUCACCACAGGUCCCCUCCCACCCUCCCACCCUUUCCUCCUCCUGCCCUCAGCCUGGGAAAGGAUCCAGCCACUCCCCAUUGGCCAACAAUGCCAUGCUCAGGACAGCCUGGGGACUGAGAUCUUGUGCUUUCAAUAAAACAUUUCACUUUCCCUGCA